UCUAUCGGACAAUAUGGCGGCCACAAGAAGCCAGAGGACAGCGGUCAGUGCCAUCUGGCUUUUCACGUGUGGGCUAAACGUGCAGUCUCUCAUUAUGUCAACAGUACCUUGUCCCAACAUGGCCAGCAACUGCAUCACCGACACCUUCAACGCCGUCAUCCCAAACCUUGGCUGCCUGGGGUGUCAGGGCGGAUGUGUGGACGGGUACAUGAUGACCAACAACCCCCGACAUCGCCGUGACACCAACGACACCAGCGGCCACUAUACGUACAGGAACGUCCCCAUUCACAACACCGUCGACGUGAUGGAGCCCCAGUGGGUCUGCGUGAAGGGCGACCAUUGCCUUACAGGCUUCUUCCACACUCAGAUGGGCCCGCAGUCUGCAUGUGCUUGGUGUGGUGAAGGGUGCUCCUCCUGCUCCAGCUACAACAACUGUCAGUCGUGUUUCUGGGGGUACAACAUGGUCCGACACACACUCCCCGGGGGUAAACAGACAGCAGUAUGUAAGCCGUCGGGAGUGAAGUGCCCCAGCAAGAAUACACACUGUUCCUACACCAUGUAUGUCCGGAGCUCAGUCGGCUGUCUGGGCUGUAUGUCAUGUGACGAGGGGUACCUCCCAACCUUCAACCACCUCUACUACCGCGCCACAACCGACCCCCACGGCACCUACACCUUCAACAACAUCACCAUCAAGAACAACAGGGACGUGAAUGAGCCCCGCUUGGUGUGCGUCAAAGGACUGAAUUGCCGUGAUGGUUGGUUCAGGAAAGACACACAGAGAUCGUCCUUCUGUGACUGGUGCGGGGAAGGAUGUAGCCGGUGCACUGACAAUACUUCCUGCUCUAAAUGUGAUCCGGGGUACACUUUAAGCCAGAAUGGUACCGUGUGUACAGCGGGUAGUACAUGAGACAGAAUAAAUAAACUUACUUCUGAAAACAUCA